GCCGUCGCCGCGCAUGCGCACGCUCAGCACGCCCAUGCGCCCGCCGGCCGUCGUGCGCCGCCCGUCCGUCGGCACCGCUGCUGCUGGGGCUGCUACGCGCACGAAGCCGCACCAGGCGCACGCAGAACGCAGCCCGAGUCCGCCGGACACACGCAUUCAGGCGCCCGUGCAGCGCCCGCGCAGGACGUCGAGCGCACGAGCAAACGGCCAAGACGGGACCGCCAAGCCGAACGGCAUGGCGAGCCACGCCUCCUCACGCAGCAUGGCCAGCGCCGGGCCGCCCGCGACGCCUCCGCCAGCAGUCCGUCCCUACGAGCCGCCGGCGACGCUGCCGAACAUGCGCUCGCGGCGCGACUCGACGCCCUCGGACGCCAUGCUGAGCGACUUUGGUCCCUUGGGCGGCGUGCCUUCUCCGGCGCGGCAGCGCGGCGCCACGCUGGGCGGCGCGCCUGGCACGCCGCAGCGCGAGAGCGCGAGCAAUAGCGCACCAGCAUCGCCGUGGGACGAAGUGCUGCCGCCAGCCAUCGCACGGCGCGUGGCGCAGGAGCGCCUCAUUGCCGAGGGCGCCGGCGCAGACGGCCUCAUCGACACGUGGGACACGCGCGGCAUGCCGCUGAGCAAGAGCCAGAUGGCGCUGCGCGACUCGCGCGACCGCGAGGAGCAGGCGGCGCGGCUCCAGGCCAUCAAUGCGCAGGCUGAGGCUGAGGCGAAGCUGCUCGAUGAGCAGCAGGCGCUCGAAGCCCAGCAACAGCAUCUGCUGCCAGCGCCGCACCUCUCGUCCGACAAGCGAAGCUCGGAUGCGACGCCUGCGUCGGUGCGCCGCAGCGGCAGACAAGAUGCCUCCAGCUCGUCGCAGCCCUUCACGAACCUCGACACGGCGCGCUAUCCGCCGCAUGCGCCCGCCGACGCAAGGCCGCAGCAGCCGCAGCCGGCAGACGACGGCGCCGGGUGCUGCAAGUGCAGCGUCAUGUAGGGCACUUUGCUGCCAUGCGCCGCUGAGGCCCCCUCUGCACGUCUCACCACCUUUCCGCAUACUCUACGCCGUCCCACUCUAGUUCUCGAGCCUCAUUCGCCCUUGACGACCUCACUCACGCCUCUUCACGUCGCCGUGUCCCUCACAUCACUCACUGUCGCUUCACUCGUCCGCGCUCAUCACCCACGGCCAUCCGUGCAUGUCACUCGUCAUCAGAAUCCAAAUCUACAUUGUCUCUCG